AUGGCCUCUCUAGUUGCCACUCUUUUAGUGGUUUUAGUGUCACUUAGCUUACCAUCCGAGAGUUCAGCUAAUUAUCAAUACUCAUCCCCCCCACCACCAAAGGAGUCAUACCACCCUUCACCAACACCUUAUCAUCCCGUACCAGUUUACAAGUCUCCACCACUGCCAACUCCAGUUUACAAUUCUCCACCACCACCCAGAGAGACGUACUACCCUCCACACACUCCAGUGUACAAGUCGCCACCUCCACCAACUCCUGUUUACAAGUCUCCACCUCCGCCAACUCCAGUCUACAAGUCUCCACCACCACCCAAGGAGCCAUACUACACUUCACCACCUCCACCAACUCCUACUUACAAGUACCCACCGCCACCAACUCCGGUUUACAAUUCUCCACCACCACCCAAGGAGCCAUACUACCCUCCACACACCCCAACCUACAACUCACCACCUCCACCAACUGCUGUUUCCAACUCUCCACCACCACCAACUCCAGUCUACAAGUCUCCACCACCACCCAAGGAGCCAUACUACCCUCCACAUACCCCAACCUACAAGUCGCCACCUCCACCAACUCCCAUUUACAAGUCGCCACCGUCACCAACUCCGGUUUACAAUUCUCCACCUCCACCCAAGGAGCCAUACUACCCUCCACACACCUCAACCUACAAGUCGCCACCUCCACCAACUCCCAUUUACAAGUCGCCACCACCACCAAAUGAGCCAUACUACCUUCCACACACACCAACAUACAAGUCGCCACCUCCACCAAUUCCAAUCUACAAGUCACCACCUCUUCCAACUCCUAUUUACAAGUCGCCACCACCACCCAAGGAGCCAUACUACCCUCCACACACUCCACUUUCACCGACUCCAGUUUCUAAGUCUCCACCUCCACCAACUCCUUCGCCACCUCCACCAAUUCCUAUUUACAAUUCACCACCUCCACUAACUCCAGUCUAUAAGUCACCACCACCACCCAAAGGGCCUUACUACCCUCCAAACACCCCAGUGUACAAGUCGCCACCACCACCCAAGGAGCCAUACUAUUCUCCACACAAUCCAGUCUACAAGUCGCCACCUCCACCAACUCCCAGUUACAAGUUGCCACCACCACCCAAGGAGCCAUAUUAUCCUCCACAUACCCCAACUUACAAGUCACCACCUCCACCAACUCCAGUAUACAAGUCGCCACCACCACCCAAGGAGCCAUACUACCCUCCACACACCCCGACCUACAAGUCGCCACCACCACCGAAGGAGUCAUACUAUCCUCCACACACCCCAACCUACAAGUCACCACCUCCACCAACUCCUGUUUCCAACUCUCCACCACCAGCAACUCUAGUCUACAAGUCUCCACCACCACCAGAUUAUAUUUACACCUCUCCCCCUCCUCCCUACCAUUACUAA